CAUGACGAAAAAAAAAAAAAUCCUGUAAUGAGUAGCAGAAUGGCGUGGUCUUGUUUACCGAUUUUAGUCUCUCAGCACAGCUGAUCGCGUUCGGAUGUAUUCGUACGCGAUGCUAGGUUGAUACAGUCGACGAUGCCGUGGUUUCCCUGGUCGGACGGCAUCAAGAAGCGUGCCUGCCGCUACCUGCUUCAGCGGUACGGAGGCCAGUUUCUCCAAGAAAAGCUCACCCUCGACCAGCUCUCGGUGGACCUCUACAAUGGCAAGGGCCGAAUCACCGACGUCUGGCUCGAUGUCAAGGGCCUCAAUGAGCUGGGUGAAAAGUUCAACCUGCCUGUCCGGUUUGUGGAGGGCUACAUCACGUCCAUCGAGGUGGCCAUCCCGUGGUCCAAGCCGCUCACGGACAACAGCUUUGUCGAGGUUGAUGGCCUCAUGCUUACCGUACAGCCCAAAGAAAGAAUCGACGACGCAUCCAUGUUUGAACCAAUGUGGGGCAGCAUGAUGUCGAGCAUGCAGCUGGCCGAGGAGUACCUCAAGCAGGAGCCCCUGGAUGCCGAGAAGGAGGCGCCCGCAACCGCCGAACCCUUCACUGGACUUGAGCAGUUUGCUCAGGCCAUCGAGACUGUCUUUUGCAGGAUAAAAGUGAGGCUGACCAACACCAUCGUCAGGGUGGAGCACCUUCCCAACUGGCCCUCGAAGCAGGGAAUUGCGCUAGAGCUGCGCAUUGCAAACAUGGACUACUUCGACGAAGAGUCUGCCGAGGUUGGCGAGAUUGCCGGCGAGAGGAUAGCCCAGAGGGUUCGGGAACGCUUCUCAGUCUCGACCAAGCGGAUAAUCCUCAACGGAACGAGCCUCUACACGGACGAGUUUGUGCUGGGAAAGGACCCAGCCGAGGUGCCAACCAAGUUUUCUGCCGAAAGCGAUGAACCCCAGGAAAUGCUGAUGAGCUGCACUGGAGCUUCGCCGCCGCUCGCCCCUCCCCACCAGGAAGCCCCCCCAACACCCCCCGUGGAGCCCAUUCCUAUUUGUCGGCUCUCGGGCCAACAGGAGAUCAGGAUACAGCUCAAGCAGGACGAGUCUCUCGAGGGAUCUGGCGUCGACAUGGAAUUCAGCCUGGGUCAACUCGCAUUCUUCCUACGCCCGAGGCAGUUCCACUUGCUCCUUCAGUUGGCCAGGGGAUUCACGAGUCCCACCUCUGCAAACGACAACCUCUCUGGUGGGCUGAAGGGCCGGCAAAACAAGUGCACGCCGAUGGAGCCCCACCACUACACAAUAGUCGAGCAAGACCUGCAGCAGCAGCUUCUCAACCAGAAACCCCGACCGUCUAGGUCCUUGGGGAUGAACAUGGGAUGGUCCACCAGUUCAUCUGCCUGCCUCUCGGAAACUGAGGACGAGUAUGUGCCGAUGACGAAUCAGCGUGCCUUCUACGAAAGUGGCAGUCUCGCCUCCUCGGACAUGGAGUCCUCUGUCACAAGUAGCACCCACAGUGCCUGCUCGAAGCCAAGAAAAAGGUCAAAAGGAAAAAGGCGGUCGUCUCAAGGCUUCGUGGAGGACAUACUCAUGGAGUCGACCCACUUCCGGGUGCACUGCAGCGCCGUGUGCAUUGUGAUCCUGCACGACGACGUUGCGGGAAUCAUCGCCGAGGAAGUGUUCCUCUACAUAUCUGACAAGGUGUCCAAGGACGACCCGCCCGACCUAUCUGAUGGUUAUGUCUGCGUUGCUGACACAGACCUGUUUGACAUCUCCGCCCGCACGACUGACGUGCCAGGACAGCGUGUGUCCACCAUCAAGAUGAAGGCCUCGAACAACAUCACCAACUUGAGGACAUGCGUGGACUCGUGCCAGGCACUACAGGCUCUGGUGACUUACCUUGCGAGCGACGGAGACCUUGCUAGUGACCCGAGCCCACCACCCGAGCCCAGCUCCUGUGGUGGCAGAGGUGGCGGCUCUGGAACCGUGCUUGUCGAGCAUCUCAGCAACGUCACCGGCACGAUGGCGGACCACUUGCAAAGCCUCGUGGCUUCAGCCAUGCACGAGUCCUGCAGCUCCUCAUCUUCAGGCUCCGAAGAGGACGAUGAAGACAGCGAUGACUUGUUCCAAGAUGCCAGGGGUGGCUACAAGUACAGCCACUAUGUUGAAAACCUGCGGAACAGACGGCACGUUGUUGACCUUAAGCAGGAGGCACACGAAAAUGAAGUUGACACCACCACCCUGUCGCAGAGCCGCACAGAGUCCCACGUAUCGUCGGCCGCUGACUCGUCGUAUUCCGACGAGGAGUUUUGCAUUCUGGAAGACUACCCUGGCGUGGGCAUCAUGCCUCGCAGUGGUGAGCCCCAGAUUCGCAUGCUAGUCACGGAGCCAAUCGAGGUGCGAGAGAACCACUUCUCCUCGGCAGCCCGCAACACGGACCAGCUCCGAGCUCCGCGCAACUUUCCCGAAGCCGUACAGAAGUACACGCUACGGGAGAUGACGCUAGUCUGGUAUAUGUACGGCGGCUGCGACUUCGAGAGCAGCAUCACUCCGAAUACACCGAGGCCCACUGAAAAAACCACCGGUCAAUGGGAUGAUGGAACAGAAGAAUGCUAUGCAAACGUUGUUCUGGAGCCCGUUGCCGGCAACGUGAGCUACAGCAGGGACGGCCUGUCGGCCAUCGAGAUGCUGCCGUUCAAGCCGCAGUCCCCGCCGCAGACUCCCCGGCACCGAAGGGCUCACAAGGGUGGUCCCGGCAGGCGUGACGACGUGCUCAUGGAACUGCACAUGAACAAGAUACGAUUCCAGCACGAGGUGUACCCGGAGGACACGUACUACGCGUCGCGGCAGGUGUUGCUCAUCCAGGACGUUGAAGUCCGGGAUCGGCUGGCUUCGUCGCGCAUCAACAAGUUCCUCUACCAGUAUGCUUCGGAAGCCAAGCCGAGGCAGUCUCAUGCCAACAUGGUCAGUGUCAAGUGCGUCCGUGUCAGGCCUGACCUCAAGGCUCCGUCGGCCGAGGAGUGCCAAAUAAGGGUGUCGGUGAAGCCUGUGAAGAUCAAUGCUGACCAGGACGCUGUGCUGUUCCUGGUACAGUUCUUCACAGGCCUGUGCUCGGAGCCACCGACUUCUCCAUCCUCACCGCGACCAGAUUCUCCUGAGUUUGCAACAUUGAAAGCUGGACCUGCCGGUGCGGCCAGCAUCCCUCCAUCUGCCGACACUGGCCGACACGUGGCCUUUGCAACUGACGACCCCUGCCCACCCGAGCGCAUCUCGCCAGCAAGCUCAACUUCCAACUCAACCCCGAUGCCACUGUACAUAAGGUCGUUCGUGUUCACGCCGGACGUUCCGAUUCGGAUAGACUACCACGGCAAGAGGGUAGCCAUGGAACAGGGAGCGCUGGCAGGCCUCUUGAUGGGUCUUGGUCAACUGAACUGUCUCGAGAUCACCUUGAAGAAGCUACAAACGAGGCAGGGGUUGCUGGGCUUCGACAAGCUGCUCGCCUUCGCGUUGAACGAGUGGCUCAACGACAUCAAGAAGAACCAGGUGCCGAGCGUGCUCGGCGGAGUGGGGCCCAUGCACUCGUUUGUGCAGCUCUUCAGUGGCCUGCGGGACCUGGUGUGGAUGCCCGUGGAACAGUACCGGCGGGACGGACGCAUCGUGCGAGGCUUGCAGCGUGGAGCCAACUCCUUCACCAUCUCGACUGCCAUGGCCUGCCUCGAGCUCACAAACAAGCUCGUCCAGACCGUGCAGGGUGUCGCUGAGCUGGCAUAUGACAUGCUGUCGCCAGGCCCCAGCAUGCACAUAGAAGCUCAGAACCGACGCCACCGAGCUAUCCCCAACAACCUGCCUGUCGACAUUCGAGACGGCGUCAACAACGCCUACCAAGUGGUUGCAGAGGGAUUGGGAGACACGGCACGGACGUUGGUGAAGGCAGCUUCGCAGGAGCACCGCCAGAAGGGGGUCAGUGGGGCCGUCGGGGGGCUGCUGCGCCAGCUCCCGCCCACCAUGGCCGCCGGUAUCAUCGUCGCCACCGAGGCGACCUCAACAGUGCUGGGCGGCGUCCGCAACCAGAUUCAGCCCGACGCGCGGCGCGAGGACAUUCAGAAGUGGCGGCAGCGUCUGCCACCCAAGUCGACUGGAGCCACAGCCACGGCGUCAGCUUCGGCACUAGCUGCCGCAUCAAGAUAGGAGUUGCGGCCGAAGGCGGGCAGCGUCAGGACAACGUAUUCUCUUGGUGAUGCGAGGAGCCUGUAAAUAUGUCACGCCUUCCUCGUCGGUCACCAGCUUUUGAUAUUGGAGCAUGUGCCCCCCUUCCCUGCCCCGCUUUUUUAAUAUAAUGUGCUAAUUGUUUUUAAAGCACCCUCUCUGCCUCUCAUUAGAUGUCUCUUUUCGUACGCAUGAGAAGUCUGCAAUCGUGAGAGCAGAGAGGAAUGAAAGCCAUGCUCAGAAGACUUCUGUUCAAAGCUUCGUUUUUCUUCUUUCAUUGAAUGUGAGCGUGUGUGUGUGUGUUUAUGCUCACAUGCAAGUUUUUCAAGUGUGCAUGCAACGUGGUGCUUGUUUGUUAACACUCGAUUGUUUACUGGGGACGCCAGUGCAAAAGUGGCAGUGAGGAAUUUUGGGGGCCGUGCUCUGAGUCGGUUUCUCUCGGCGACUGCCAACACAGCAUCAUGUUCAGUGCCAGCAACCUCAAACUAUGCUCUCUCAUUACUGGCUUCACGAUAAUGUUAAUGAAUUGAACUACGCCUCUGCAAUACCUCCGGGCAUCAUUUUACAAUGCCCAUGGGCACCGUUGCACAUCGAGUUUGCGUGCAAUUUGUGAAGCAGUUCGUGAAGCUAAAUCGGCUUGCAGUGCAGGGUUUGCCGUCUGUUCUGGUGAUAGUCCUUUCGCACGCUGUCCCUGCACAAGUGAUUUGGUCAGCGCGAUGGCUUCUAGCGACAUGGAAACGUGCUUCAAUGGACACCAGUACUCUCGCAAAGGAAACUUCUGCCAGUGCGGAAGGCAAGGGGUCGCUAGCGGCGUUCCACGGGAGGAGGUCGGCUCAUUGCACGGCAACUCCCUGUCUGUUUUGUUUCGGAAGCUGCACACGCCUCUGUUUAAUUCUAUCAGUUGGGGCUGGUCUUGGAAGUGAUCACUAGCGAGCUUACAUUUACAGCAAAGUUCCGUUAAUUCGACCCCGAAGGGACCUACACAAUAGGUCUGACCUAUCACGUGCAUAUCUGCCAACCACCGAAUUUUCUGUACGGCUUUAAGAAUUUAAGAAUGACCGGAGUCGAAUUAACGGUAGUCUACUGUAUUUUGAUCUCUGUAUGUGUCCACAGUUAAGGUGGCAAGAUUGGUGGGUGGUGCGCUUUUCUUAAAUAGCUUUUAAUUUUUUCUUUUACUCCAAAGGGACGUUGCAUUGGUUCUCGAAAGUUGGUGCUGAAAGGCGUAAGGCAUGGCCAGAGCUGUCCAAACAGUGCGUUGCUGCAGGCACAUUUCGAUGAAAAAAAUUUAACUCGUAGUCUCUGUGAACUCUCAACUUACUUAGAAUAAGUGUUCAGCCGUGACGUAAGAAAUGGGUGUUGCGAACCAUGUUAGCACAAAAAAAAAAAAGAAAAUAGACAAUGAGAAUUUUCCAAGCUGAAUCGAGAUUUGGCAUUGCAAUGUAAUUUGAUCAGACAAUAACGGUCUAGCAUUUAUCGCGCUUAUUAAUCUAACGAAACCUGUGAGAACCAGUUCAAGUUUCCUUUGAAGAACCUACUGCCAUUUAUUAUUGAACAUACGCAAGCACAAGAAGCUUUAUACGUGGACUGUUUUUCUUUUUUUUUUCCCCCCAGUCUGAGCAUGACUUUUUUACAGCUGGCUGUUGGCUGGAUUGUAAAUAAAAGCUAUGAAAUUGUGAACCUAUCAAAGAUGCUGCCUUGUUCUU